UGUAAGGCAUUGGCUAGCGCCACUGCUCUCUGAUGGAUGGCUUCUGAAUUGUUGGCAGGGAGUCGAUGGGGUCCUGCUCUUUUAGAGCCAGAGCAUGUGCGUUGUAUCCCCGCUGCAUCUGGAUUCCACGCGGCCACAGCAGGGAGUGAGGUGGACAAGACGACACAUCCUGCAAUCAAAUGUUUCCUACUUCAUCUCCUGACAGUCCAGGUCACCGCAUGGCUGUUGGGCACUGUGUUCUGGGGAGGCAUAGUUUCCUGUGAGCAUCCUGCAUGUGAUGGCACGGUGGUGUCUGGCCCGGACUGUUACUGUGGUGUCCCUCACUGUAACUCUGUCUGCUGUUGCUGUCAGGUACCCUAGCUGCCGACUCCCCCACCCCGUGCUCCAUCCAUUCAGAGAGCUUGCCUACAGGAGUGUAACACUUACUCUUUUCCCCCCCGUCAAUAGCUCAGUUCCAGUACAUUGGUUUCAUUUUUACCCUGUCAGCAUGCUGAGCUGUUACAAUCCAAAUGAAAAUGUCCACAACAAAGCUCACACAUCCCCAUAUCCAGGGUCAAAGGUUGAGCGCAGCAAAGUACCUACUGAUAAAGUGGGCUGGCUAGUUGAGUGGGAGGAUUACAAGCCUCUGGAAUACACUGCAGCCUCUGUCUUGGCUGGACCCACGUGGGCAGAUCCACAGAUCAGUGCCAAAAACUUUUCUCCCAAAUUCAAUGAGAAGGAUGGACAAGUGGAGAGGAGGAGUCUGAGUGGCUUGUAUGAGGUUGAAAAUGGGAGGCCUAGAAAUCCGUCUGGCAGGACGGGAUUGGUGGGUCGAGGAUUAUUAGGGCGCUGGGGACCAAACCAUGCUGCAGAUCCUAUAAUAACUAGGUGGAAGAGAGAUAGCAGUGGCAAUAAAAUAGCUCACCCAAUCUCUGGCAAGAACAUUUUACAGUUUGUAGCAAUCAAGAGGAAAGACUGUGGGGAAUGGGCCAUCCCAGGGGGUAUGGUAGAUCCAGGAGAGAAGAUAAGUGCCACACUGAAACGAGAAUUUAGUGAGGAGGCCUUAAACUGCUUACAGAAAUCCAGAGCAGAGAAGGAAGAGAUGGAGAAGCAAAUGAACAGACUCUUCAACCAGGAACAUUUUGUGGUGUAUAAGGGAUAUGUGGAUGAUCCUCGUAAUACAGACAAUGCCUGGAUUGAGACAGAAGCUGUGAACUACCAUGAUGAACCUGGUGAGACAAUGGAUAACUUGCUUCUGGAAGCAGGAGAUGAUGCUGGGAAAGUGAAAUGGGUUGACAUCAGUGAGAAACUCAAGCUAUAUGCAAAUCAUGGUGACUUCAUCAAACUUGUAGCUGAGAAAUGGGGAGCACACUGGAAUGAAGACCCUGUUCCUGGCUGCCAUAAAUGAUGCUUCUGGAAUCCAAAUAUAAACUGAAAAC